AUGCAUGAUAGAACUGAAAAAUACUAUAAUCCAGAAGAUCAGCAUACUUUGUAGUUAAAAGGCCCAAUAGCUGUUGCUGUGACAGUAAUUGAAAAAAAAUGAGAUUGUGACAGCCUCUUAGAAUUAUAUGCAGAUGAGAAGGGCAAAAAUUGCUCUGAGAGUAUAGCCGUCAACGGUGCUUUCCGACCCAGUAGGAAACUGCAUAACCAGAAUCUGAAUGAACCAGAUGUUGCUAAUUAAUAAUUUGAGGCAUUCCUAUACAAUUCACAAUAUGUGAAGUUAAACGUAGCAUCUGUUAUGGGUUGCCAGUUGUUUGAUAAUGUCUAUAGUAACAGCCAUGUUUUGGAGCACCCAUGGAUAACACAUAUGGUAGGGUAAAUUCAUUUUAUGGGGCAGUUACAAACCUUGCAAGCCAGAGUGAUUGUCAGCAUAAUUACAUUGGCUAAAACAUGUACUGUAAUGGAUGAUUGCCAUAGUACCUUGAUUGGUUUUCCCCAACUGGACUUUAAUUAUUUAAAUAGUAGAUAGAAGCAGGUCCUGUCUGGGGUUACCAAAUCAACUUGGCAUCAAGUUCCUGAUUCUUUUCAAGCCACAUAUGUCAGAGGAUGUUCUGAUUUAUUUCUUUUGCUGAAAAAUCCACACAGGAGCUGAGCCAUAAGGAAACAAGAGGUACCCUGAUUCAUUCACUGAUUGGAAGAAUAAGAAAUUGGACUUUAAGGGACACUGAAGAAAAAUUAGUCUUUAAUAUUGCCAUCUCUGGAAACUGAACUGCUACUACAGCACUGUAUAACAUCAAAGUAUUCAGAAACAGCCAGGAUAGUUUUUUUAAAAAAAUAUCAAACUAGUGCUGAGAAAAGCAGCACUCUUUUCCUUUGAAAAUCUCAGAUCUUUUCCUUACAAAGGAUAGGAAGGCUAUGCUCAUGUAAUACAUUAAGAUGUUAAGGGACAAAUUGUCAGUGGUCAUGAGGGUAACUUAGGAGAGUUUCUUAUUGCUCAGGGCAGUAGGGAGAAAAAUAAUGAUUUUUUUUUUUAGUUUUAAAAGAAGCUCACAGGCAAAAAGGAAGGCAGGGCUGGUAUUGGCUAGACAGAAUACAGUAUAAUCUAUAUUAAAAAAGGAUAUUUAAGUGGACCCAGGUUCCCUAACUGAAACUUCUCCUAGUCUAACUUGAAAACACCUCUGUUCCUUUUUAAAAGGGAGACCAUUUGAAUUCAACCCAUAUUAAAAACAGCAACAAAUGCUGAACUAAAACUAUCAGUUGAAUUAAAACAUACAAUAAUAGAAUUACACAGUGCUCCUGAUUCAAUUCAAAAGAGAGGCUUUGGAGCAUAGACACAGCACUAGUCUAUGACUCCUUAAAGCAGGAUUUCCUGCAUUGUGUGGCUGCAGGAGAAACUUCCAGGUAACUGCUUUAAUGAGUCAUGGAGAGGUGAUAAAUCUGUAUUCCUGCCUUUUUCAGAGCAUCUCUUCUAAAUAACUGCAGAAUCUUAAGCCUAAUGUUCAUGAUGUUAUCAAUAUCAUCAAAAUAUGUUCAGUAACAACUGGAGAGGAACAAGAGGAGAAGGAGGCUGCACUACUAAUAAUGGGGACAGGGCUGCAAAACUACCCUCAAAAUUAUGUAUUUAUUACAUUUUUAAAUGAUGUGUCAUUUACUUCUCAGUUUGAAAAAUUAGAUGUGUUGUGAAAGUAAUCAUUUUUUCAAAAAGCCAAAUAUUAACUUUGUAGGAAGCUUAGUGACAGCAGCAGUCUUGACGGAGUAGCACACUUGAAGCUUCUCUUUGGAUCUGUGCAUGCAACAUAACACAGUAGAUCACAUUCAGUGGCUGUAUUUUGCUGAAUAUGCUUUAACACAAGGAGAAAAAAAGACUUGCUCCAUUUAAUGGCAUCAGUAGCCAAUGAAUAUCUUGCACAAUGCUGUCUGGUCUGGUUCAUAUAUAAUAAAUCAGAAUUUGUAAACAUUAAUUGUGGUUUGCUGAACAAGCCAUAAUUGUCUGGUUUGUACAUAAUGUUAAGCCAUACUGGGUACAACCACACAUCACACUAAGCAAAAAAAUCACAUUAUGGCUUUUCUGCUAUGUGUAAACCAAGCCAUUGAAUUAGUCUGAGUAGAGCAAUAGGAAUAGUCUUUUUCAGAAAUGUAGAAACAGACCUUGAACAGCAGCCAUACCUCAGAUUCAGAAAUGCCCUUUUCUUAGAUUUUUCUAGUAUUUUCUCAAAAUAUAGCAAUGCUAGAGUUAAGCCUAUUUAUUCUUACCUAAUGUUACCUACUGUAGAGGCUAGGAAACACACUACAGUACCUAGAUUUUCUGAUAUGUCAUCUGUGAGAAUGUGGCCCAACUGUAAUUCACAUGUUUGACAGGAAAGGUAAUUUUGUCUAUUUAAUAGCAUAACAGCAUUACUGUUUUGUAUUAAGUUGUGAUUUAUUAUUCUGAGGGGAAUUUUUGUUUCUACAAUAUUUUGUACAUGUUUGAAACUGUUUUUGGAAGAAACUGUAAUCUUUGUAAUAUAUGAUCAAUAAUAAGUCAGAUAUUUUAUGAUUCCAGUAGUAAUCUUCAAGGACUUUUCAGAGCAUGGAUGGAUGAAUCGUAAAACUGCUAUUCAGGGACUACAAGAUGAUACAUUUCUUAAACAGAUGACAAUGAAUUUUUGCAACUCUGUAUAGAAUUGAUUUAAUUAUAUUUAUAAAGCUGUGGGGGGAGCUUUUCAGCCUUGUGAUGAUAAACUGCAGCUUAUUUUGCUCUAAAUACAUAAUGGGCUGGGUUGUUUUUAUAAGGUCAAUAGAAUUUUAUAAUUUAUGGAGGCAACAGUUGCAUGUGGAUUUUUGAUUAAGGACUAAUGUACAUUUAUGACUUUUGAUGUGAGCUUUCACUUUUUUCUUGUUCAUUUUAGAAGAACUGAAAAGGAAAGACCAAGAAAAGCUGCAGAUCUCUAUUUAGUCAUCUUUUAUAACAAUGUUGUCUAGUAUUCAAGCUGUAGAAAAUAAAACAGGAGCUGCCCUGCACCUGCUCUCUUGCCUAACAACAGGUCUGUGGGAUCUCAGAUUUCUCUAGGCCCACCUAACUGAAGAUGCCGUGGCUAGGAGCUUUUAUUUGCAAAGUGCAUCUGUUAUUACACAGCUCUGAUCCACACAACUUAAAGAUACAUGAGAACAACUAGGAGCAAAAAGAGAGAUAAAACCAAAAUAAAACAGAUGUCCUUUUCCCCUUCGUGAACCCCACCCUUCUCCAAUUUGUUGCUAUGCAAUGUGUUGGACUAUAAGCCCAUCACCUUUACCUGGUAAGGAGACUGCCAGCUUGUGGAAAGCUGAGAAAUAACCACUGAAUCUCCAUUCUAUGGAAUAUACAGAAAUACUCCUCUGGGUACAAGAGUUAACAUACAUUUACUAGAAAUCUAUUUUCUAACAUAUCUUUAGAUCAAUUGAAUGAUAAAGGAUACUGGAAUGUGUACACCAUUAUUAAUUGUUCAUGGUGGCCAACCACCUGGGAACACUUGAGAUGAAAAUAUUGAGAAACCCCCAUUACAGCAGUUUCUAUCCAAACCCACAAUGGUUUUGUAUUUUAUUUUCAAGUACAAGAAAACCAAACAAAGGCAGAUUAGACCAGACUCUGAUGAGUGGUAGCUCUCUAGUGCAGGGGCGGACAACCUGCAGCUGUCCAAAUGCACAACCAUGGCUUGCAGCAGCCCUGGGCAGCGUCGUCUCCUGAGAGAAGAGCUGGGAGCGGCAACUCAGCAACAUCGGAGCGAAGGACUGCAGCUCGCCCUUGCUAGUCUUGAUUUCAGAGAGCGAUGAGCCAUUAAAACCUCUGGUAACCCAGAGAGCGAUAAAAGUCCAAGGUUUUUCUCGUUUAUGCUCUUUUAUAUCCAGUAAAACAAUCACAUCCUCUGAAUAAAAAACGGGAAAGGAAGAGCCACGUGCUUUAAAAUCUAAAGGGUUUUACGAGAGCGCUACCCACUCAGCUUGCCCGGCCAUAAUCGCCACGACAGACAAUUAGCGGAUGGUGUGAGCUGUAGUGCUUGAGGUCGGGGAGGUUCUUAGCUUUCACGAAGCUAUUCGUAAGUCUCUCUUAGUUUCACCUAAACUCGCUUUUCGCUACAGCAGGCGUGGAACCAGUAAAGCUGGUCUCCUUCCCUCUACCGCGGCAGGUGUGUUUUGGCAGGGAGCGCCGAGCGAGAAUACCCAGGAAAGCGCCAGGGGGCGCCCGAGCUCCCCUACCAAGCCUAAGGCAGGGGCAUUCUUUCAGGCGCGCGCGCAGUCCCCUUCCUCUGCGUCUCUACUGCGCAGGCGUGCUUCGGCUCCCUUCCCUGCCACCUCGCCUUCUGUUGCUGGGGCGCCGCCGGUCAGUCUUCCGUUUCGUUCCUCUCGGCCUCGGCGGACCUCUUUCGCCGCCAUGGUGCUCGACUUGGACCUUUUCCGCGCCGACAAAGGCGGCGACCCCGAGCUCGUGCGAGAGACGCAGCUGAAGCGGUUCAAGGACCCGGCUCUCGUGGACGCGCUGGUGGCCGCCGACGGGGCCUGGCGGAGAUGCAGAUUCCGUGCAGACAACCUGAACAAACUGAAGAACCUGUGCAGCAAAACCAUAGGAGAAAAAAUGAAGAAGAAAGAACCUGUGGGUAAUAGUGACCAGAUACCAGAUAAUGCACAAAAUCUUGAUGAACUCACAGCAGACAUCUUAACAAGCCUUCAAGUCAGCCAAAUCAAGAAAAUCCGUCUCCUGAUUGAUGAAGCAAUCCUGAAAUGUGAUGAAGAACGCUUAAAACUGGAAGCAGAGCGCUUUGAAAACCUCAGAGAAAUUGGAAAUCUUCUUCACCCCUCUGUGCCAAUCAGCAAUGAUGAGGAUGUAGAUAAUAAAGAAGAGAGAGUAUGGGGAGACUGCACUGUAAGGAAGAAGUAUUCUCACGUCGACCUUGUUGUCAUGGUGGAUGGCUAUGAGGGAGAAAAAGGAGCUGUUGUAGCUGGAAGUAGAGGAUACUUCCUUAAGGGACCUUUGGUUUUUCUAGAGCAAGCCCUCAUUCAGUACGCCCUGCAGACACUGCUCAUCAAGGGAUAUACCCCUGUUUAUACCCCCUUCUUCAUGAGAAAAGAAGUGAUGCAGGAAGUAGCCCAGCUAAGUCAGUUUGAUGAAGAGCUCUACAAGGUCCUGGGAAAAAGCAGUGAAAAGAACGAUGACAAUACCAUUGAUGAAAAGUAUCUGAUUGCUACAUCUGAACAGCCAAUUGCAGCAUUGCACAGGGAUGAAUGGCUGAAGCCAGAAGAUCUGCCCAUCAAAUAUGCUGGGCUGUCUACUUGCUUCCGCCAGGAAGUUGGUUCUCAUGGUCGUGAUACUAGAGGCAUUUUCCGGGUACAUCAGUUUGAAAAGAUUGAACAGUUUGUCUAUGCAUCACCUCAUGAUAAUAAAUCUUGGGAGAUGUUUGAUGAGAUGAUUUCCACCGCUGAAGAGUUCUAUCAGUCUCUGGGCAUCCCUUAUCACAUUGUGAAUAUUGUCUCAGGUUCCUUAAAUCAUGCUGCCAGUAAAAAACUGGAUCUGGAAGCAUGGUUCCCAGGUUCUGGAGCUUUCCGUGAGCUUGUUUCUUGUUCAAACUGCACUGACUACCAAGCACGUCGGUUACGGAUCCGCUAUGGCCAGACCAAAAAGAUGAUGGAUAAAGUGGAAUUUGUACAUAUGCUUAAUGCUACCAUGUGUGCUACAACACGCACUAUAUGUGCUAUCCUGGAGAAUUACCAGACAGAGGAAGGAAUCAUUAUACCAGACAAAUUAAAGAACUUCAUGCCACCAGGUCUAAAGGAAAUGAUAAAAUUUGUGAAACCUGCACCUAUCGAUCAAGAAUUUUCUAAGAAGCAAAAGAAACAGCAUGAAGGAGGCAAAAAGAAAUCAGCUGGUGGAGACUGUGCUCUGGAAGGGAAGAUGCAAAGCAUGGAUGUGAACAGUCCCUGACAGAACUUGAGCUGCUCUCAAUGAGUUGCACUGUGGAGUUCUUAAAGCUGAGGUGGGUGGGGGGGUUCUUGGGAUUAGCUGCUGCUUUUUGUCUCAUCUUUCCUAUGCCAUGAACAUGUUACUUUUUCUGUGUCAGCUUUUACCCUCCAGCACAGGAAGAUGAUACUUCUCACAGUGACUAUAAGUGCAUUUGCCUGCACUGUGAAAGUAGAAAGCAGUACAGAAGCUGUUGAUUUCCCCACCCCCAACCCAUUUUAAAUUAUGUUGAUUAUUUGUGAGAAGAAUUUCUGUCCAAGCCCGGAGUUGCAAAUUCAAGCAGAGGGAACAAAACGCUGUAUAAUGUUCAUUUGCUUUAAAAAAUCUGCAUAUUGGAACAAGAGGUAAAGGCAAAUAUUGAAAGGGGAAAUAAAUAUAGGCACUUGUGUAA